GCCCUCGCGAACACCGCAGUCAGAGCUCAGUCUCCUCAAGGUUAAGACAUGGGCCGAUCCAGGGUGUCACGGGCGCUUCUGUUCCUAUGGGCCGUGACGGAGGCAACGUUGGCUGCCCCUGCUCAAGACCUGCCCCUGGAGCAUAGAGGAGCGGUCGACCUGCCCCUGGAGCACAGAGGAACGGCAAACAAACCUCUUCCUGACCUUACCUCUAACCUCCCUGCAGUCUCCUCUGACCUCUUCAUUUGGACCGAUGUUGACGGAACGUAUAGGUUCGGGAUGCAGGCCGACGACCAGUGGCGUGUGGAAUCCCGCGACGCAAACGGGGUCGUCACGGGUCGCUACGUCUACCUGACGCCCGACGGAGAGACGGUUGACGUGUCAUACAACUCAGGACCUCAGGGGUACCGCGCAAAGGGAGACGCUAUCCCGGGGGGCGCCGCGCCCUUGGAUCAGGAACCACGGCCUGAAGAGACGCCGGUCACGUAUCAGUCUGACGACGAGGAAGGAGAAGCCGUGGCCUACGGCGCCCUUCGCGUGGCGGGGCAGGAGGCGACGAUGCCCGGCGGGAACGGCGUGCAGACCUACAGCGACAGCGAGGCCUCUGCCAUCGUCACGGACAUCGUAGAACCGAAGGCCAGCAAGUUCGUCGUGUACCCGAUCAUAGCCAAUGUCGUCGGUUCGUCCGGGCUUGUGGUCGGACCGCCAAUCGUGGCGGAUGAGCCUGCCUUCUCGGCCGCCAUACCCGCGUAAACGACCUGCUCGCCUGUCCUGGAGCUCCUGCUGGUCCGGCUGUUGAUCCUGCCACUGUUGCGGGGUUCAGUAUAGUUCAGUAUAGGUGGGUGUCAGUUAAGAGCGAGUGCCGAAAGCAACAUUGCAAGGGCCUCGUAGCUGCAAAGUG